AUGCUUCCGAUGCAGAGCAGUCGCUUGUCGGGUGACUCUGAGAGUGAGGACGGCAAUCUGACGCGGGCAAGUCCCAACCAAAGAGGGCAGCAGCGGCCGCCUGGCAAGCGACAGUCAAAGGAUGUUGUCUACUCCAAAGGUCCGAGUCGAAGCACUGGCGACUUUGUGCCACAGCUGCUGCGGUCAUUUCCCUCAAGGGUGAAUGUCGUUCAGGUUGCCGUUGGAAGCGAUAUGCUGGGUGCGCAUACUUUAGCCGUUUCCCGGAAUGGCCGUUUGUACAGUUGGGGCUAUGGACCUGCCUGCGGUCUUGGAAGCACAGCCAAUGUUAGUACUCCCACCUUGGUAACAAAGUUCCUGGGGACUGGUGCAGGCGAAAGUGGCAGUGGACGGCGGCGGCAGGACAUGGAACCACUGGGUUGGGGAAAGCACUCACACAUGCGCUACCGUCAGACAACCUCAAACAAGAACCUUGGUUUACAAUUUUUGAGGCCGAGGAUAGCAAAGGCGGCAUGCGGCGGUGGUUUUAGCGUUGUUUUGAGCAGCGAGGGUGAGGUCUUCACCUUCGGAGUGAGCGCCAGUGGCCGUCUGGGCUUCCGGACCAAGUUCCGGGCGCAGCUGAGACCUCGUCGUAUUGAGACACUGGCAGAAGGGACGACAGACAUAGCAGCUGGAGCUGCAUUCGUCCUUUUGUGCUCAGCUGCAGGGAGGCUGCUGGCGUGGGGCGACAACACCAAGGGCCAACUUGGAGUUGGUCACUUGCAGGAGUCGCACGAGCCGUUGACUCUGGGCAGAACAUGUCCAUCCGCCUUCGUGAUGCAGGCGGUGGCUGCUGGUGACUCUCACUCGCUAGCCUUGGAUUCUGCUGGGCGAACUUACAGUUGGGGAGGAGAAGGGGGCCCGAUGACUGGUCAAGGUCAGCCUGUGCCAAACUCAACACAGGUAGAUGCAGCCUUUCAGUUCCGCUUGCGUCAACUGUCUCACUGGUGGGUGCGGCCUCACCCCAUCCGUGCCCUGUCUGGAGUGCACAUCGUGCAUAUCGAUGCUGGCUGUCUCCAUUCUUUGGCGCUAUCACAGGAUGGGGCCUUGUAUGCUUGGGGUGCUCCUCUUCAGGCUGCUACCUCACGGAGUGCGGGCAAUGUGCAAAGUGUGCGAUCAGAGGUGUCUUGGGUACCACGUUUGGUGGCUCCCAGCCCAAAGCUUCCCUUGGUGCGAGUUGGCACAGCAGCAGCAGGAGGCUGGCACUCCAUGACAACAGCUGUGCCUUCCAGUGGGCUUGAAAAGCUGCUGCCAGCGAAUUGGUUUCAGGACGACGCCAAAACGGCGGGGAAUGCUCAGGCUUCCCAAAAUUUGCUGGAUGCCUGUGAUGCCUGUGAUGGCUUCUUGGUCUCGGAGGUCGAUUCAACCCCUGAGGAGGAAGUCAGAGUACCAGUUUGCUGCGCAGCGAUUCGAGCUAGACUUGCAAUGCCCGAUGGCACAGAUUCACCGAUGUGGAGGGCGUUGUCCACGCAGGUGGUGCGUCUUCGCCCGGAAUCUGUUGCAGUCUUUGGGACUGAGGCAGAAACAACGCAAGAAGAUGAGGAUAGCAGCGGCAGCGAGUCUGGUGGUUUGCUUGAAGUGGCGGAGAUGCAUCGAUCUCAGAGGCUCUCGGCCCAAAGAAAGCUUCCAGUGACCGCCCGAAGCAAUGAUGCAGAUGAAGCCGCUGGUUUGGCACUAGAACCUCCCGUGUCCAAGAAGGUUCAAAAAAAGAUUCCUCCGAGGAAGAAGCCGAUGGCAAAUUUCAGCUCCGACUCAGACUCAGGUGAUUUGGGAGGUAUGCCAAGUCGGAGUGACCGACCAGGCUUUCUGGCCAGGGCGAAGGAACGUGCUGCACCACAAGUGGCAGCGCCAAAGCGUCCAGUGCCGGAUUUUAGCGAUGAAAGUGUAUCUGAGGAGGAACUGGUGCCUGAUGAUGUUGUAGAAGCUGCUCGACAGUCUCCCCAAUCGCGCUCGGACGUGCCCUCGCCAUCGCGGCUGCCGCGUCCUGGAGCAAGACCUGCAGUUCCGAGCCAGGUGCCAACAACAUUGGGUGGUCUGGAACUACGAAAUUAUGGUGAGGUUGUCCUAGCAGCGCUUGUACGCUUUCUAUGCACAGAUAUGCUUACCAAUUUGACAAUUAUUGAUGAGUCUCACCCUGUAUGGCAGCGAGAACAGCAAUUUCGCAUGCGAUCACCUGGGUCCAGUCCGGAGGGCUCAGAGGAUGCCAAGCGCCCGACCCGACUCCGUGCCAUCCGCGGGAUGCUUUUGCGAAGAGAGGUAAAAGACCUGCGGCACAUUGGAACAUCGCUUGGUCUAGAACGGCUCGCACGUCUUUGUGAUCAGCUUUUGCUGCGACUGGAUGCUCCUGGCGCGCCAGCACUUUUUGUGCCAGCUUCAUCCAUUGGGACGACAAUGUGGACCUUGUUGCGGCAAACCCUGCGACCAGCCGACCGGGAUGGUCCAGACACCGAGCUCCUGUGCGCUCCUCCGCAGCCUCACAAACAACGCUGGGGUCCUCGCUGGCUACCCAAAGAUGGUCACUUGCAAGCGCACUCCUUUGUACUGUGCGCUGGCUGUAUGGAUUUGCAACGUGAGCAGAGGGCUCCUGAUGGACCGGCAGAGUUGGCCGGGGGCGGCCGUUCGCUUGGGCAGCAAUCUCCUGAUGUCUCAGCCACUUCCUCCUACCGACCAGUGUUGCGCUUGCAACAUCGGAAUGGCGGUGGUGGUGGCGCUCCACGCUAUGAACUAGACUUGCGCCUCUACACCGCAGAUGUCGUCUUUGCCUGGUUGCGCUAUUUGUACACGCAGGCAGAUGUCUUGAGCAAAGAGAUUCCUGGAAAGACGGCGCAAGCGGGAACUGCUGCCUUGUGCUUGUGCAUUUGUGCCUGUCGCUGUGAAGGAUGA